AUGAUAAUAAGCAGGGAAAAAUUAGAAAAAUACUCACAGGAUUUGUAUGAGACUCAUCAAAGAAUGAAAGAUAAUACUAUAGAGAGCAGAAAGCUAAGCAGAAUUUAUUUUUCAUCAGCUAUAGCUGGAGGAACAAGUUAUUUCUUUUUACUAUCUGGCCCAAGGCUUCGUAUGAGCAUAUGAAAGGUUAUUAUCUAUCUCUACUCCAUUUCUUUUGUAUCAAAAUCUUCGGGAUUUUUAUCACUUAUCAUUUAUUCAUCAUAUUUUAAAUAA